AUGAACCACAGCAAGUACCCCUCUUCUUCAGUCCACUGGAACGGCGUUUCGACACAGCAGUAUCCUGCCGUCCCCGCGAGCUCCUAUGGACAAAAUGGAUAUCAUUCUUCGAUGCCAGUUGAACACAACCCCGCAUCGUCCCAGGUGCCAUCAGGCUACGACAGUCCCGACGACUACCCCAUGCAAUCGAGCUAUUCAUCGGCAUACUACAGCGGGCCUCACUAUCCGUCAACUGCGCAACAAACCAAUCAUUCGUACUCACCAGUGUCACCAACCUCUCCCCUGCUGAGUUAUGCUCAAGCGCAGAGUCACCGCUCCGGUCAUCACAUCCCGCGGCCGCAAUCCACCGCACCUCAUCCCCCAUAUUCCCAUUCCCCUUCCAGCUCUUACUCGAGCUCUUACUCUCAGUCACACCCGUCCCAUUCGGUCCAUCCCUCACUCGGUCGCCCGCGUUCGCACUCUCAGGCGCACGAGAGAUACCCCCCAAUUGCCAGCGGGAUGGUAUCCAGCGCCCAUACACACUACACCGAAAUCCCAAUCCCGCAGACUAUCGGCCUAACGCCCGACUAUCCUUCUUCUCCCACAAAGCCAUUUUCGUGCGAUCUGUGUGCGCUAUCAUUCAAUCGUCAACAUGAUUUGAAACGUCACCGGGAAACCCAUACCGGAGAGAAACCGUUUCUCUGCAAUGGAGGUUGUGGAAAAACCUUCACCAGAAAGGAUGCAUUGAAGCGUCACCAGCUCGUCAAAAAUUGCGGGAAGGUCGAGGAGUCAUGGUCGUAA